UGUUUGACAUUUUCCUACUUGCUGGUCUGUGAUUUUGACAGCUAUAUUUUUGUGAUUAUUUAUUGUGCUGAAAUAAAUCAUAGUUUUGGCGUGUUUACGAUGAUAAUUUUAGAUUUCACGUGAGCGUUACUAUCACAAACUCUGUAAAUUAUUGUUUUACUUGAUAAUUGUGCAGCUAUGGAAAGAACAAACAAUAACUUGGGCGAUAUGAGUCGACGGGCCGGAGAGAUUUUUAGACGUAUUAACAGAAUAUUCGACGGUCCAUUGACGAGAAAGAAACUUGUUAUACUUAUCCUCGUGUUAAUAUUCCUGUUACUCUACAUCGGACCCACUAUUAUGAAUUCUCUAUUCAACUCUGAAGGUUCGCUAACAAGUAACCAAAAUGUAUGUCAUCGGACCUUCUUGAACCCCUUUCAAGACGCUAUUAAUGAGUACGACGCGUAUUUACGGCUAGAAUCUGCAGCCACGCUGUCUACGUUAAGCCACAACUAUGUACCAUAUGUUGGGAAUGGUUAUUUAGGUAUGACAUUAGAACAUGAUUCACAUUUGAACAUAAAACAUGGAAGAACCUUGUCAUUGCCACUUUACUAUCACCCUCUAUACAUAAUUGAUGAUUUGGAUAUGAAGGAAUCAACAUUGGUUGACUAUAAAAAUGGUAUUGUGCACAGGUUUCAAUGCAGCAGUACGGGAAUUCACAUAGCAUAUAAGUACUAUGCUCAUCGGACCAUACCGUCACUGUUUGUUCAAGAGAUUUUAAUUAACAAUCCAUUAAAUGCUGCCAAGUCUUUUCUUGCCACUACUCCAAGACUAUCCGAUUGGCCAACAUCAGUUAAACAAACUGUGAAACUCCAUCAAGGAGUUGAUAAAAAGGAAUAUGAAGUAGUUACAGGCUUGAUUGCCUUACCUGAGAGUGAAAAUGUGGUCGCAGUUUCUGUAGUAUGCAGAAAGAUGAGUAACACUAUACAAGUUGAGGCUAGAGACGGUUUAGAUAUCUUAAUAUUUACUACAUUACAGUACAGUAAACCUAUUAAGAGGGCAGAUUAUGCAAAGUAUAAGGAUAUAGUGGAGAAACAAGCAAUUGAUGAAAUGGAAAAGGUUAUAGCUUUAACUGGUGAUAGAGUAGCUGUGAGAAGUUUGAGAGACAGUCAUUCUCGGGUGUGGCAGGGACUUUGGUACACAGGCUUCUAUAUAUCAGACUCCAAAGCAAGUGGUGUCAUUAACGGAGAUCGAAUUAAUGCUACAAUAUACACUAUACUUUCCCAAGUGCGUAGUUAUGAACACGAGGAACAUAUUAAACCAGCUAGAAAAUCAGAGAUCCUUAGAACUUUAACAUAUUCGGAAGGCUGUUAUGAAGGGCAUUCCACAUUGGAUGCAUAUAAUCUAUGGAAGCCUUUAAAUUCCUUAAUGAAUUUGGACUCUGUUGCAAGUGUAUGGUUAUUGACGUUAGAAAAGCAAGGUUGCCACAACCUUCUAAAGGCAGGAGCUAGUGGUGUUAAUCAGGCUAUGAUACUUAGUUUUGGUAGCUUUAGAUUUAGCAACCAGCAUCUUGAAUAUAACAUUCAUCCAUCGAAACUACACAGAGACUUUCUAUUCCGUCGAGUCAACUAUGGAAACAUGACUCAUGUGAAUGUUAGUGUGAUACUACAAGAGGACAAUAAAGCUGCUAUUUUUGUAGCUUUAGAUCGUUCGGACAAAACAUAUUAUGCAUGCGAUGCUGGUUGUCUUGAUUCCCCAGUCCAAUUGGGACCUUACAGGAAAUAUUUCCCCGUGAAACUAACUGAGCCUUUGACUGCCAUAUUGUAUAUAACAGCAGAUAAACAGCAUAUGGAAGACUUGAGGCAUGCCAUCCACGUCAAAGAAGUUGUAGAGGCACCAGCUCACGAAAAUCACGUUAUAGCAUUACAUCGACAUGGCCACAGUUUAGGUGGCCUCAACCCACUGUUCUGGAUGUCUAUAUUAGUUUUAAUAGUAAUAUUCCAUUUGUUCCUCUGUAGGAUAAUAUUGAAUGAAUUUUGUGAUAGUGGCACAAACAUAAGUUACAAAAGGUUGUACAACAAAGCUUGAGGCACUGGUUUCUUUUGUGGUGAUAUAUAAUGGUGAAUAGUUAUUAAAAGGUAUUGUCGCCAGCUUCAGUAUUUGUUUGAAUAUUUAGCAGUUAUAAAUGUCACAUUUGAACAUUGGCUUAUGAUGUACACUGCCAUGUUUUAUCUUAAAUAAUUAUUUUAGUCCAUUAUACUCCAAGAGACUUUUGUAACUCUCAUCUCAGUUAGUUCAUGACAGUUUUGAUUGACCAACCAUAACCAUUUAGCAACCAUACCAUUAGAGGUAUUGUUUAUUCAAUUUAUAUAUUGAUACCGGUUCAACAUCACAGAAACUU